AUGCGGAAAGUUGUAGUUGUAGAUGGAACCUUUUUGAAAGGUGAAUUCAAAGGGACUCUUCUGAUAGCGACAACACAAGAUGGGAAUUUUAAUAUUUUCCCUCUGGCGUAUGCGGUUGUUGAUACAGAGAACGACGUGUCGUGGGAAUGGUUCUUUACUCAAUUAAGUAGUGUAAUUCCUGAUGAUGAAGAGCUUGCACUGAUAUCUGACCGGCAUAAAUCUAUUGGUAAAGCUAUCGGUAAAGUGUACCCCUUGGCAAGUCGAGGAAUCUGCACUUAUCAUCUUCACAAGAAUAUUAUCCUGAGAUUUAGUGGGAGCGAAACAUUCCGGCUGGUAAAAAAAGCAGCUGCAGCGUACCGUGUAGUUGAUUUCGAAGAAAUCUUCCAGCAAAUUCAAGAAGCGAAUCCGCAACUGCAUGCUUACUUGGUGCGUGCAGAUGUAUCCAAGUGGAGCAGGGCGCACUUUCCUCGUGAUAGGUACAACUUCACCACGAGCAACAUUGCAGAAUCGUUAAACAAAGUACUGAAUCAUGUGAGAGUCUAUCCCAUUGUAGAGUUAUUAGAAGCGGUUCGGAAUAUGUUGACACGUUGGUUUGCUACAAGGAGAAAACAAGCGGCUGCAAUGCCAACUUUACUCACCAAAGGAGUGGAGAACCUGUUACAGGCACGUAUUGAACAUUCAAGGCGUCUAAGGGUUCAAGAAAUUGAUGAAGAUCGAUUUCAAGUAAGUUGUGGUACCUCAAGGCAUGUUGUCAAUCUGAGGUAUAGGAGGUGUUCAUGUAGGCAUUUUGAUCUAGAGAGGAUGCCAUGCGUAUAUGCUAUCGCAGCCGCAUAUACGGCCAACCAAUCAGUUAUUAACCAGUUCCAUCCAUACUUCCGCAGAGACAACCUCUGCAGUGGUUAUGCGGAGUCGAUAAUGCCGAUAGAUACAUCCUGCAUCAUUUCUACUGAUGUUACACUGUCCAGAUGUAAACCGCCUUUCAUUAGGAAUCCUCUAGGAAGGCCAAAGAUGUCGAGGAUGAAGUCUUUUGUCGAGGUUGCGUUGGAGACGAAGAGGCCCCGCAAACAGCAUGCUUGUUCUCAGUGUCAACAGGUUGGCUACAACCGUACAACAUGUCGAGCUAAUACGUAG